AUGAUAAGACGGAUAUUCUACUCGUUAUUUCUAUUAUUCAUACUAUUUUAUACAGGAGGUUCGUUUCUAUUUUUUUAAUGAAAUACAGAGAAAGAAAUUUAGAAUGUACAAAAGUGAAGCUAACGGAUAUUUCUGCGAUCACAUUGCACCACGGAAGAAUGACGGAAGGUAAGACAACUUUUAAGGGUUUGAAUUUAUUGGUAAACUUUGAAGAAAUAAAAUAUAUUUUUCUUUGUUCCGAACCCUUUUCGAAUUUGGUCUAUGCUCUUUAGAAAUUCUAGCAAGCUAUUGCGUAAGUUUUCGAAAAAAAAGUGGAUUUGAAAAAGGUUUUUGUUUUUUUUCAAAUUCUAUGAGUUCUAGCAUGAUCUAUUGUGACGAAAGUUGAUUUAUUUCACCUUCAGGGCGACGAUCAGCCCCGGUGCCACAACUGAAAUGCGUCGGAGGAACGGCAAAAGGGGCUUUCUUGCCGAAAGUCGUCCAGUGCGUCAACCAGGGUUACGACGGCCUCGACGUCCAAUGGCGGUGCGACGCCGAUCUUCCGCACGACAUGGAGUUUGGCAGGGUUGGUUUCUGCCUUCUUGGCCUACUUGAAAAUGAAGUUUUGACAGCCUUUGAGAUUUUUAAGAUUUAUUAAUUCAGCUUCAUUUUAUCGCUUAAAGAAUAUAUUCUGUAGGAGAAACGCUGAAAAUUUGUGAUUGAAAAGAUUCAAACUGAUUAUUUUUUAGCCCUUUCCAAACAAAAAAACUAAAUUUCUUUCGAAACUCGGUUUUCUAAGGCAUUUAAAGAACUCAUUUGAAUAAUUUAACACCAUAAAACCUUGAUAAAUUGUCAAAUUUUCCUUCUAUUUACAGUUUGAAUUAAUUAUUAUUGCCGUGUUCAAAAUGAUUGCCGCGAAAUGCAAAAUGGUCUCUGACUCUCCAAAAUUCAGUUAUCUUUUUCUUUCUCGGACGGCUUUUUUUGAAUUUCACGGAAUCAUUUUGAGCAAGGCAUAUAUCUUGAACAUGGGAAGAAAUUGUCAGAAUAAAACUCAAAAAAACCUCGAUUUUUUUCAGAUUUCCGUUUCCUGUGAGGGAUACAACUACCCGGAAGAUCCCUACGUUCUCAAAGGGUCAUGCGGGGUUUGUUCAUAAUCAUUUCCGCAAAAAAUUGCAAUUUCAGUUGGAAUAUGAGCUCGACUACAAUUCGCAAUCGGGGAAAAAGUAUGCGGUUUCAGAUAAAACGUUUGUUUUUUGGACUUAAAAAAAAGAGUUAUGAAUAUUUUUACAGAUUGGAAUCGUGGGACAAAACGGCCGUGGUGAUUGUUGUUCUGUUCAUCGCCUACAUUGCCUACGCCAUGUUUUCUAAUCGAGGGAACACCGGAGCCGAAGAUCCGAGAAGAGGUUUUCAUGUCGUGGAAAUAUUGAUGAAUCCUACUUUUUAAGGAAUCAACUGGCAAAAAAACAUUCACUAAUCACUUUAGGGUUUUGACGUGUUGGUGGCCACUUGAGUGGUUAAAAAUUACUGAACAAGUGAUGUUUUUUUUCAAACUAAGGGGUAGUAAAAAAAUUUUUAAUUUGAAUUUAUUCGGUAAAAAAAUCAUCGUAAAGUUCAUCGGAAUCAAAUUUUGAAAACAUAUUACGGUAGUUUUGAAUUUCUUCGGCAAAUAGAAAUUUGUGUAAUUUUUUUGAGUCGUGCUUUAUCUUGUUACUUCGAGAGAUAAGUAAAAAAAAAUCCUCGGCUCAAUAUUGACCGGCCGCCAGCACUGUCAUAAGCAAACUUCUCGAGUUCAAAAUUUGUAAUUUUUCUCAGUUUUCGAUACAUCUAUCAUAAGUACAAAACACACUUCCAAAGUUGAUUUUCAGGCGGCUACGGCGGUGGCGGCGGCUUUGACGGCGGUCCCGGGUAUCCCGGAGGCGGCGGCGCUCCUCCGCCGAGCUAUGACGACUCGAUGAACCACGGCAAACCGCCGCCGUACGGCUUCAAGCAGGAGAACUUCUCCCAGCAGCAUCAGCAGCCCGGACCUUCUGGCGCUUCUGCCGGCCCUUCGACGUCUUCUGGCGCUGGAUUCUGGUCCGGUGCCGCUCUCGGGGCUCUUGGCGGUUAUGUUGCGUCGCGAUUUGCUGGAGGGUUGGUUAUUCUGUAAUAUGCUUGUGAAAAUUUCGAUCUUAGGGCUCUAGAAACUGGAAUUUGUUUAAAAAUUUGGAAAUUUCCUUUCAUCGGGGUAAAAAAAUGAGAAAAAGUUAUCUAGAGGGAUGAGAUUCUUAACAGUUGAAGGAGACGCUUUUAAAUUUCUCAGGAAAGCCUUCAAAAUAAUUUUUUUUUUUUCAGUGAAUCGACAACGACGAGAAACCGACGAUUUAUGCAAGACACUGGAUUCAUGCCAACCGCCUCUCCAAGAUAUACCUCGACCUCGGAUUCUUCUGAACUUCGAUCUUCUUCUGGUUUGUUCUAUAAUUUUUUUGAAAAUUUUUUCACUCAAAAAGUACGCUUUAAAAAAAUUUUAAUAAUGAAAAAAAUGCUUCAUUCUCCUUUGAAAGCUCCAGUUUGGAUUUCGGAAAACGAAAUGUUUUUCAAAAUUUGAUUCCGAUGAACUUUACGAUAAUUUUUUUACCGAAUAAAUUCAAAUUAAAAAUUUUUUUAUUGCUCCAUUUUUUUCAUAAUUUUUCUUCCCAUGUUUCUGAAAGGCCUAAAAUUAUUCUAACUUGAUGACCAUUUCCAGGAUUCGGAGGGACGUCGAGACGUUAA